UCUACCCCAACGAUAAGACAUUUGCCUCAUCUCAAUGAACGCCGCAAGAGCUGUGCAACGUCUCAGAGCCAUCCAGAACACCCUUUCUUUCCCUAAAUCAACCUCUGCCACCUUCUCCAGAGGAAACCAAGUGAGAUCAGUAACCAUGGCGGCCACCACGGAUACCAACAACUACAAGUUCAACCACUCGAUGAUUCGAGUCAAGGACCCUAAGGAAUCUGUCAAGUUCUACGAGUUCCUGGGCCUUAGCCUCAUCAAGAAGCUCGAGUUUCCCGAGAACAAGUUCGACCUCUACUUCCUGGCCUACGACUCCGCCAACGCCGUCAGCUCUGGCAAGUCGGUUUUCGACAGAGAGGGCAUUGUAGAAUUAACUCACAAUCACGGAACGGAGUCAGAUCCUGAGUACAAGAUCAACAAUGGCAAUAAGGAGCCUCACCGUGGUUUUGGUCACUUCUGUAUCAGCGUGGACAAUAUCCAGGCGGCGUGCCAGCGCCUCGAGGAUGCGGGCUACAAGUUCCAAAAGAAGCUUUCUGACGGCCGAAUGAGGAACAUUGCUUUUGUACUUGACCCUGAUGGCUACUGGGUCGAAGUCAUUGCCCGAAACCCGUACACUGAGACGGAGGACGUCAAAGUGACUGAUGUGUCCACCUACACCAUGAACCACACCAUGCUUCGAGUCAAGGAUAUCGAAAAGUCUCUCAAGUACUACAAGGAUGUGCUUGGUAUGACUCUGAUGCGUACCCUGGAAAAUCCCGGCGCAGGCUUCAACCUCUACUUCUUGGGAUACCCUGGCGACACGCCUGUGGUUGAAAACGGCGACAUCUCUCACAGAGAGGGACUUCUAGAGCUCACUUACAAUCAUGGGACAGAAACUGAUGAGAGCUUCCACUAUCAUGACGGCAACAGCCAACCCCAAGGAUUUGGGCAUAUCUGUAUCUCGGUUGAUAACUUGGAUGCCGCCUGCCAACGGUUCGAGGAUCUCGAGGUUAGCUGGAAGAAGAGAUUGACAGAUGGACGGAUGAAGAACGUCGCGUUUCUGCUGGACCCCGAUGGUUACUGGGUUGAGAUUGUCCAGAACGAGAAGUUUACUGGCAAGGCAAACUUUUAAAAACGCAGCAGUAGAGAGAUGAGCUACAGUAUAGUUCCGCUUUUUAAUUUGAGUACGGGAGGCUUGUUGUCGUAUGGGCCUCUCAUUCACAAAGUUUUCCCUCAGCUCUCCUAGUGGUUAUGGUUAUGCUUGCAUGGGCCCAUGGGAUCAAAUCAAAC